CCCUCCCUCCGAGCCUCCAUAUAUACCAACCUCCCGUCCGUAAGCAGAGCAGCAUCACCACCCACCUCCCAUGGCCUCCUCCACUUGUACUCGAGCCCAGCUGGCCAUCGCCCUCCUCGCCGUCGCGCUGUGCAAUGCGGCGUUCCUCGUCGUCGUGGUGGACGCCGGCUACCCCCGCGGCGGCGGCGGGGACUACAGGGCGCAGUUCCUGUUCCAGCAGAACGCGGCGCGGGCGGCGAUGGGGCUGCCGGCGCUGAGGUGGGACGAGCGGGUGGCGGCGUACGCGCGGUCGUACGCCGAGUCGCGGCGCGGGGACUGCGCGCUGGUGCACUCGUCGGGGCCCUACGGCGAGAACCUCUUCUGGGGCAGCGGCACCGGCUGGGCGCCCGCGCAGGCCGUGGGGGCGUGGCUGGCGGAGCGGCCCCGGUACGACUACUGGAGCAACCGCUGCAGCGGCGGCAUGUGCGGGCACUACACGCAGAUCGUGUGGCGCGGCAGCACCCGCGUGGGGUGCGCCAUGGUCGAGUGCUACGGCGGCCGCGGCACCUUCAUCACCUGCAACUACGACCCGCCCGGCAACUACGUCGGCAUGCGCCCCUACUGAAUACUGAUGGCCGGCCGCCGUCGCGCGUUGCCGCUCCGCCUCGCCGGUCUUCGUCGCAGCUCCGUUGCCGGCCGGCCAGCGCGGACGGCGAUGCGGCGCGGCGUAGCACUAUCUUGAUGUCCCAUUGAUUGUUGCUCAUCGAGAGUUCAAGACAAAUCGAUGGCGAUGCCACGAGUGUACAAAGUAUUUUUUACUGCUAUAUACUACUGGUGCUGCAUAUUAUUUAUAGAGGGUGUUUGUUUUCAGGAACUUAUUGACUUAUAGACUUAAAAAUGUCCCUAUAAGUCUCAUCUAAACCAAACAGGAUGGAUUUAUAGGGACUUAAUGUGCGCAUUUGGGAUUUAUGGAAUAAGACUUUCAAGGAGGGACUUAUAGGGACUUAUAGUUGUAAUAUGGUCUUAAAGGGACUUAUAAGUCCUAGAAACCAAACGGGUAGGGGCUUUUUAAAGAC